UUAGUCAAUAAUGAAUAUUGAGAAGGUUAACGAUAAAAAUGUUAAGAAAAAACAUAAUAGGUUCAAGUUUCAAAACUUUGCAGAACGUAUUUCUAAUAUAAAAAUUGAUGUCUAUCAUAAUCUUGGAUCAAAGGAACAUGAAGUUCCGGAAAAUGAUAAAGAUACUUUUUUUCGGGAAAAUCUUGAGCGAUGGACUGAACUUAAUUGUUCUCUACAUUUCACACUUUUUUAUAGGGAGAUCAAACGUUAUGUUCAAAGUUUUAACCAACUUAUAUUUCACAAGGAAACAGUAGUAACUAUUAUUAAAAAGUACCUUACUUUGGAAUUCCCACUGGCUUUAGAGCCAUGUUUAGAUCUAGUUGCAACAUUAUCUAAAGACUUACUUAUUGAUUUUUGUCCGUAUUUUGAAGAAAUAUUUAUUAUUUUAACUGGAUUUUUAGCUACCAAUGAUACUGUUUUGAUUGAAAACACAUUUAGAAGUUUGGCACAUAUCUUUAAAUUUAUUGGGCGAUAUCUUGUUGCAGAUUUGGAAAAUGUUUUUAAAAUAUUUAAGGUUUUGCUUUCAAGUCAGCAGAAGCAACACAUACAAAACUUUGCUGCAGAGUCUUUUGCUUUUCUUGUUCGAAAAAGUAAAAACAAAGAAAAAAUAUUAAGAUUUUUAUUUUCUCAAGUUGCAUCUGAACCACCACUGGCUAAUGGAAUGGGUAUGCUUGUGUUCCACACUAUCAAAGGGGUUAAAGAACACUUGCAUUCAUGUGCAGAGGAUAUUUUAAAAUAUUGUUUAGAAAUAAUGAAUGAAUUAGUACAAGAAGAGGUGUUUUCUGUACUUACUAAAGUCUGGUCAAUGUCGCUCUAUCAAGUCACUAAGAAACAUAGCAUUAUUUUGUAUGAAACUGUAAUCAAUCAAAUAAACAAAUCAGUUGAUACCCACAUGUUACAUUUUAUGUUGGGUUUGCUAGAUAAUUGUGUUGGCUUCAAAAAUGGUGCAUAUAUUCCUGAUCAAAAGACCAUUGCCAUAAUUAUAGAGAAGCAUAGCUCUUCAAAGAAUCAAAAUGUUAUAACAUCAUUGUUAAAGCUUUGCAAAUCAUUAAUGACAAUACAAUUUAGCACUUUGACAAACAAUGAUAUCUCUUCAAUUUUUGCAAGUGUUCUAUCAUCUGUUUCUAUAAAUAUGAACACCAAACUUUCAUUUUGUUUGGAAAUCAUUAAUUGGGAAAGAUUUGAUGAGUUAUGUCUAUCAUCUAUUUUAUAUUUUCUUGCACAAGGUAUAAUAACCAAUAUGUCUGAAGUACUUGAUUUUUCAGUGCAACUAACAUACAGAGAUGAAGAUAUGUUCACAAGACCAUAUAGUUGUGCUUCAUUUAAUAUAUUUAGCUUUCCAUGCCUGUCAAAUAUUGCAGUUACUGAUAUACUUGCUAAAAAGCUUGAUGAAAUUACAUGGGAAAAUGAUUUAGAAAUGAUAUGGUCUAUUAUUGUAUGUUUUUCAGCUUGUGGAAGAAAUGAAAACAGUAAACUUAUUAAGUUUUGUGAAGUAACAAGAUAUUGGAUUUCUUCAAAUAUUAAUCAGCUGACCUGCCAACAUCUAUUUGUUAUUAGUUCUUUAGUUAACUGUAUUUUAACAAUUUCAAAAGAUGACCACCAAGAGUUAAUUUCAUUUGACUGGUUAAUAACAUUAUUAAGAUCUUAUCCAUCUAACAUCCAUGUUGUUGAUUGUUUUGAGCAUUAUUCCAGUGUAAACUGUUCCUUUAAAAGCUUUGACACUUGCCAAAAGGAAAAUUUGUAUAACUUAAUAAAAGUAAAUUUAAAUUCUCCAUAUCGAAAGUUACGUUUACUUACUCUUAUGAUUCUGCGUAAUCUUUAUGGCGAAAGAAACACCAAUAAAGAAGAGGUUUCAACAAGUUUAGAUGUUUUUGAAGUAUGUAUUAAUGCUGAAAAUAUUGAAGCUACAUUUCAUAAUUAUCGUGAAAAGCUCUUAUAUUUUCAACGUAUGAUGUAUUCCAGUGUAUCAAGUUUGCCCAGCAUGCACCAUGAUGUUAUUGUUAGAAUUCUAAUUGGCAAUCUUUUUACAAACCUAAGUGUGUUAUGGGAUCAGCUUAUUGUUAUUAUUGCUUCAUUUGCUGAGAAUGGUAAUGAAGAGUUUUGGCAUACUUGGAAAGAUAUAUUUUUGGCAUCAUCUCAAAACAAUGAGUCAGCGUCUAUUCAAAACUCAAUAACUUUGAAUUCUGUAUUUGAAAAGUACUUUAAAUUGAGUAAAAGUUCGGAUGUUAGAGUUGAUUACAAGAAUUUUCGAAUCCUGCUUUUAAAUGCUAUGACAAAAUUUGCACCAUUAGUUGAAAGAAAAUCACGAGAUGUUAUUCCAAUUUUUUUUGAAUUUAUACAAAAAGAGUAUACUUCUAGUGAUGAAAUUCUGUCACAAAAACAAGAUCUUUGUCUAAAAGAAGUAGCUCAAGUUAAACUUUCUAAUGAAGACACUAAUAAAGUAGAUAGAAAAACAAAAAUUAAAACUUUGUGUGCAUACCUUAAUCUGUUCAAGUUGUUUAAACACCCUCGUGGUCUAGUCAAAGAGCCAAAGAUUUAUCAACUUUAUCUUGAUUUUCUAAUUAGUAAAGAUAAUGAAAUACAAAGCUUAACUAUUGAUUGUUUGAUGACCUACAAAUUUCGCUAUCUAAAGCCAUAUGCUGAAAAUUUUAAAAAGCUAAUGAAUGAUGCAACUUUCAGGGAUGAACUGCUUUUAUUUUCAACUGAUAAAGAAAAUGAAGUGUUAAAAGAAGAACAUAGAUCAGACCUUAUGCCAAUUUUAAUUAGGCUACUUUACGGAAAGUUGCUUAGAAAGUCUGGCCUUGGUGCAAGUGGAAAAUCUAAAUCUGCUAGAAGAAAUGUUAUCAUGCAGUUUUUAUCUAACUGUUCAAAAAGUGAAAUUCAAACUUUUAUUGAUAUAAUAAUGGAGCCCUUUAAACAAUACCAAGAGUUGGAUAUUAUCAAUUGUGUUGAAUUAGAUAUUUCAUCUGUUAUUCCCUUACGUCGACAAGCUGGUUUUUUAAAUAUGCUGUCAGAUGUUGUAAAUAGAUUAGACAAAUUAGCAAAUCCGUUUCUACCACUACUAUUUGAUAAUCUUUUGUCAAUAAUAUGGAUGAGUUGCACAUGCUUAAAUGUGUAUAAAGACCAGAUUGAUCCAAGUUAUUUGGGAAGAAUUAAAUCAUUGAGACACGGAGGUACAACUAAGUUGUUGGAGAUUUUUAAAAGACUUGUUGAUUUUCAAUAUGAUGAAUAUCUUGAAAAAAUAUUUUCUGGUGUGAUUUGGCCACAAAUUUCACUACUUUCUAUCGAAUGUACCCAAAAUGUAACGCCUUUAUUUCGUUUAAUUAUGGUUUUAAGUGAACACAGAAGAUAUCAUCCUUUAUUGCACAUUGCAUCAAAGGAACAUCAAUCUCUGCUUACACACACUUUCAAUAUUCUAAAACAGAAGUCUAUAAGCUAUAUAAUUGAGAAAAAUAUUAUGAAAAUUGCAUUAAAUUUGUUAUCAAUAGAAGAUUUCAUUAAUAAUGAUAAAAAUGAUGAAAAACCAUUGGCACAGGAGUAUGUGAAAAACUUCGAUUGUAAUAAACCAAUUGGCAUACAGAUUAUUCAACCUUUUGUUCCAAUAAUUAUUCAACAUGUGGGUGAAAAACUUAUAGAAAAAACAAAAGAUUUGAAUAUUAAAACAAAGCAAAAAUUUAGCAAAUUUUUGCCUGAGAUUCAAUUAGCUGUUUUAUCAAAAAUAAGCACGUUGGUCAAUGAUGAGUCAAUUUGUAACAGCAUUGUGGAAGUAUUAUUCCCGAUUUUACAAUGUGUAUCUUCAGAAGACACACAAGUAUUUAUAAUAACAUCUUUAAAAAACAUGGUAGUUAAUGUUUCUUGCGUUCAGCAGUAUUUAUCCAAGUUUCCAUUUUUGUUUCAUUCUGUAACAUGUCGAAAAGCUCGCCAGAUGCUUUGUGAUUUUUAUCAUGAUUUAGCACUUAAAAGUAAUGAGAUGGUGAAUCUUAGUCAGAUAAUCCAAGAUUUGAAUUCCUGGGAUAAAAAGCGUCUAGAAGAACCUGACUUUGAUAGAAGGCUUGAUGCUUUUAGAAAAAUAGGUGAAGAAAUACCACACUGGAGUGUUAAAGAGAUUUUACCCAUCCUUUACAAUUGUUUGUUCUUUAUAUCAACCACAGAUGAUAUGUCUAUUAGAGAUGCUUCCAAUAGUUGUAUCCAAAAAAUUAUUCAUCAAUCAGCUUGUCACAAAAUCGAGAUGUAUAAUUCAAUCAUUCUUAAGGUUUUACUUCCAGCCAUUAAACAAGGAUUAAAAUCUAAGAAAGAGGCAGUUAGAUAUGAGUACUUAGGUAUUCUUGCAUUAUUAGUAAAGACAUAUGACAAAUCAUGCUUUAGCGAGAUGAAAUUGUUAUGGUCUGAAGAUCCGGAGACAUGUUUUUUUGAGAACAUGAAACAUAUUCAGGUCCAUCGUCGCAUUAGAGCUGUACAUCAGGUAUCAAAACUUUGCAAUGAGGGAAAACUUUCUGCUUCAACAAUGUUUUCAUUUAUUCUUCCAUUGAUUAGUCAUAAUAUAUUUGAGAGUCUUGCUGUUACAAAAGAUCAUAAUUUGCUAAGUGAAUCCAUUUCAGCCAUAGGAAGUAUAAUGAAAUGUUUGCCAUGGGCAAAGUAUUCUUUGGUUUUAAGCAAUUAUCUUAAACUAUUAAGAACAGACAAACAUAAUCAAAAGACUGUAACAAGAGUUAUGAUAGCUAUAUUGAACAAUUUUCAUUUUGAUAUGAAUACUGAAACAAAUAAACAAGCUGAGACAAUUCUUAAUGUUGUAUCAAUAAAGUUUCUUCCACGACUUCAAAACUUUUUGAAAAAAAAGUCAAAAAUUUCUGAUUUUCAUAAAUUGAGUAAAAAUCAAAAAGAAGAUGAAGAAGAUAUCAUGAAGAUACCUGUAACAAUAGCUGUUGUCAAACUUCUGCAAAAAUUGCCUGUUGAAAUCCUUAAAGUUCAUUUACCAGGUCUUUUGUUACGUGUUUCACAGUCUCUUCGUAGUCAUGCACGUGAUGUUCGUGAUAUAGCUAGAGACACCUUGCUAAAUGUUUGUAUUUCUCUUGGUCCUUCUUAUUUAUUUAUGGUUUUCAAUGAGAUGAGAAGUGUCUUAUUGCGGGGCUAUCAGCUUCAUAUACUUGGUUACACAGUUCAUUCAUUGCUUGUUGGAAUGAAAGAUGUUCUUCAACCUGGUGACUUGGAUAGUUGUGUUAAACUAGUGACUGAGAUUUUAAUAGAGCAAUAUUUUGGCAAUGUAUCAGAAGAAAAGGAAAUAGCUGGUAUUACAACAAAGCUUCAUGAAGCUAAAUCAAAAAAAAGCAUUGAAUGUAUUGAGAUACUUGCAAAAUUUAUAUCAUCAAGCUGUAUUAUUGAAAUUAUUUCUCCAUUACAAGAGAUUCUUACAAAGUCUACUAACCAUAAAGAAAUUCAUAGUAUUGAAGAGACAUUGCGUUUGAUAGCAGUUGGUCUUCAUCAAAAUAAAGGAAUCUGUGUUGAUGAUCUUUUAAUAUUUAUUUAUGGUCUUGUAUCAAAUACACUUGUUCUUUUAUUUUCUAAUGACAGAUCUGAAAAAACUGAAGCAAAAAAAGAAAAUAUAAAACAAGAUGAUAUAUUUUUAGUUCCAAUGACACCUUGUCGUAGUGGCAAGGUUCCUGUCAUUAAUAAACAUACAAAUGAGCAUAUUCUAGUGGAAUUUGGACUUCAACUUUUACAGACUGCUUUAAAGCAACAGAAAGUUCUUCCAUCUUCAGAGCAACAUAUCAAAUUGUUAGACCCAUUUGUAAAAAUAUUAUUGAAUAGUAUUUCAUCAAAAUACAUACGCAUUGUAACUUUAGCUACACGAUGCUUGUUGUAUGCUAUCAAGUAUAAACUUCCUUCCAUGGAUGCUUUGAUACCAGAAUUUGCAAAAUGCUUGUUUGUAAUUUUGAAAAAGUAUGCUCGUAAUUGUGACACAAAAGGUGAUAAUUUUGAAUUAGUUUCAGUUUCAUUCAAGGCUAUGACAGUUUUAAUAAGAGAUACUACAGUAUUCAAAGUAACAAAUAGUCAAUUACAGAUUUUACUUUCUUUUGUGGAAGAAGAUAUUUAUAAUUCCUCUCGCCAAUCUACUGCUUUGAUACUUUUAAAAGCCAUUCUUUCUCGUAAAAUAACUGGAAAUGAAGUUCAUGAUGUAAUGUCAAAAAUUAAAGAGUUAAGUGUAAGAGAUCACGAUGAAACAAUUCGGUUACUAUGCCGACAACUUAUGAUGCAAUAUUUACUUGAUUAUCCACUUGGAAAGAAAAUGGCAAAUUUUUUAAACUUUUAUGUUUCAAAUCUAACAUAUGCAGAAGAAAUGGGAAGAAAAUCUGUACUUGAAAUGCUUGCAUCCAUCUUUAAUAACUUUCCAAAACCUAUGUUACUGGAAUACAAUGGGUUUUUUUUCAUACCACUUGUAAUGAUGCUUGCUAAUGAUGAGUCUGUAACUUGUAGGAAGAUGGCAUAUGCUGCUAUAAAACUACUUCUAAAAAAAAUUGAAUCUAAAAAUCGUGAUAAACUUUUCAAAAUAGCAUUGAAAUGGGGAGGACAAGAAAAAAAGAUGCUGCAGCAAGUUUUUAUCCAAUGCAUUGGAAUGUUUGUAGAAGUUGAAAAAGACACUUUUGAACGUCGCAUCGAAUCUAUUCUUCCUAAAAUCAAUGAUGUUCUGAAAUCAGCAGUCGAAAAUAAUGAAGACUCUAGUGACAACGAUGAUGAGGAUAAUGUCAAUGAAUUGAGUGGAGAUUUGAUUGGUGAUCAACUUAUCUAUAACACUUUAACUUGUCUAGGAAAACUCUUUAGUGUUCCAAAUUUACUUUUGGGAAAUACAAAAUAUUCUGCAAGUCUUGUGCAUAUAUGGGAUUCAGUUUAUGAUCUUCUUCUUCAUAAGCAUGCAUGGAUACGAUUGGCUGCAUCUCAAAUGUUUACAAUUUAUUUUUCUUUGUAUUCUCCAGAACAAUUAAUUUUGCUUAAAAAUGAAGAAUACUUAAGUGUUGAAUCAAAUAAAAAGAUUAAAAUGCUCUGUUCUGCAUUUUGUACGCAACUUAAAGAUACAAAUUUAUCUCAAAGUGUUGCUGAACAGGCAACAAAGAACCUAAUUUAUUUAACAAAAGUAGUAAAACUUAUUGACCCAUGGUUUAAUGAAAAUAAACAAAGUGAAAUAAAGUUGGAAAGUUUAGAAGAUAAAAAGUUUAUAACUUUUAAAUCACUUGUAAAAAGAAUGUGUCAAUUAGCAUCGUAUGAAAGCUCACGAGAUCCUAAAAGUGCGAUUAAGAGGAUUUCAGUAUUGCGCUGGAUAGCUGCUUUGUGUUUGGAUGGUGGAAUUGAUUUAUAUUUAACUGACAUAUUAAGACCUGUUCAUAGAGAGAUUUCUUCUUCUUUAGAUCAAGGACAAGAACUUCAUACACUGGCAAAUGAAGUAAUGGAACUUUUCCGAAGUACCAUUCAAAAGGAUCUGUUUGCUUCAGUAUAUUCAAAAUUGCAGAAAAAAAUGUCAGAAAAUCGUGAAUCAAGAAAACGAAAGAUUAUUGAAGAGGCUGUUUCAAACCCACAAAAGUUUGCUUUUCGUAAACAGAAAUUUAACCUAGCUAAAAGAGAACAGCGGAAACGAAAGCUACUUCAAAGAAAACCAGAACUAAUGUUUAAAAAAAUCCGAAGUAAAUCGGAAGAUUGAUAAAAAAAGUUUUCAAAAUAAA